CUCACAUUCAAUACUGCUAAACAGUUUAUAAUAAUGCGGAAAGCAGAGAUUUAUCGUAACUUCGAGACCGCCGCUAAGAUUAUAAACGCUAACAACCCUGCUAAACAGAAGCUACUUGGCCGCACGAAUAAACACCGAGAGGCUAUUGCGGAACAAGGCAACUACCUAAAGUUUAAAGCAAACCCUAGGCUACUAGAAUCUCUUCUAGGCACUAGUGAUCGUAAACUUGUAGAGGCAUUACUAACUGAUCGAAUAUAG